UGGAUCCCCCAACCAAACUCACAAAGAAUGAAUGAUGGGUUGCCUACCUCUGUAGAGAAGUGAGAACCUCUCUCGAAUCUUCAAGCACGUGGCUGCUCUCAAUGAAAGCACCAAUUUGGUGAUAGGGACCUCGGUCACGACCCUAGACACCAAGCUGCUGCGCCCUUCCUUGUGCCAUGAUGACCAACAUGAUCUGCCACUUGCUUGACGGUGAUGGCUAUGGAUGGUGUUGGAUUAACUUGGAUGAGUGUUCAAAGGAUGUUUCUGGGCGAAAUGCUGGUGGGCGUGCAUGCAUGUGCAAAGCAGUUGGGCGGUUUUAAGCGGUUAAGUGGGUGGUUGGUUGUGGGUUGGCUAAAUGGGUGGUUGACUAAGACAGUUUCUGAUGCUUGCGGUUACUUCCUGCAAAGUAGGGAGGUGGUUAUGGCUGGACAAGUGUCUAAGUUUGGGCGUGUGGCUUGGACAGUUAGCACACUGCUGUGCUUGUCCUUGUCCCUGUCCUUGCUCCAACUCGACUAUGGUGGCCUGGUGCAGGCUAAGCCCCCUUCAAGGGCUACUUGUGGCUGGCUUACGUGUUGUUCCACUCGAGUAGAGCAAAAUGAUCAGCAAGCAAAGAGGAAUGUAAUGCAAUAGACAACAAACCAAGAUACUGAAAUACCUCAUAAUUGCAUUAACAUAGGGAAAAUAAAGAUAGCAAUGGGUUACCCUGAUUCACGAAUUGCACAGGGUUAACCUUCUCCUUUGGGAUUCAUGUAUUGCACCCAAUGGAGCCUAAGUGUCAGAGCAUGUCAGUGCCUUCAAAGCUUACAAGUCAAUUGUCCAAAUGUUCAAAGAUAUCAAAAUGCAAUGGCCUAGUGCCAUAUUUAUACUAACAUUCAAAUAAUAAUAAUUACAAAGAAGAUAACAGUUGCUGGUUCCACGCCUCUUGGUUGAGGUCUCAUGCCGUUGGUGAGCCAUGGGUGGCCUAGAUGAGCCCACGGCAUGGGCCGCUUGCUGAUGUGCGUGGGUCUUCAGGUUGGCCUGCUGGGUUAGCCCUGGCUGGUCCUUGGUCCCUGCAUGUGUGGCCCAGAUUGUGUGGGCUGGGCGUUGUUGGUGUGAUGCUGGGUUGAACCAUGGUGGCCUUGAGUGUGGUAGGCUACUGCAUGGCCCAGGCCAGUGGGGCCUGAGCGUUGGUCCGCAUGGCCAAGGCUAAUGGUGCCUGGGUGUUGAACAGCAUGGCCCAGACCGUGUGGCCUGGGCGUUGGUCGGCAUGGCCCUGGCCAAGGCCAGGGCGUUGAGCGGCUUGCCAGCCUGCGUAAGCCUGUUGGGCAGCCACGCCGUCAAUUCCAAGUUGGUUGUGCAUGUGCGCGCUGCGUUGGCGCCCAAGCCAUGCAUGCGUGCUGUGCUCAUGCACAUGCCAUGCAUGUGGGCGGUGUGUGCACGUAGCCCAUGCGUGCGCGCUCACUAGGCGUGUGUGCAGUCUGGCCGCGCACUGAGCAGGGUGUGACAACCUCGCUCGCGCGUGCGCACUGACUGUGCGCUACUUUCUUGAGGGUGACCGUGGCCUAGCAUUCUCCAAGGGCUUGGUCUGUGGACAAUCAAGCCAUGCCAACAGAGUCUCUGAUGGGUUGUCUGGGCAUGACAGGGUGCUUGUCAAGGCAUGGCCCGUGGUCUCCUGCCUUGGGGUUUUGACAGAAUCUUCCAUGGUCUGUUCGUAUAGUCUCUCAGACAGACUUCAAAGGCCAUCAGUUUGGAGCAUCUACUAAGGUUUCUGCUGCUGGAGGUGGUAUUGGUAAUUCUUGAAUUGAAGACGUGGUUUCUCGAAAUAUUCAUGCUGUGAAGUUGGGAACUACCGAUUCAGUAACAUUGGUACAGAACAAAAGUAGCCCACUGCAAGAAAAUGUUUCGCAUUCAGUUCCUGAAGAAUCUGAAGUUGUUAAGGAUAAAUGUGUUCUGGAGGAAAGAUGCUCUGAUUCCGAUCUUCAGUUGCAUCCUUUUCUGUUCCAGGCCCCUGACGAUGGAUAUCUGCACCAUUGUCAUUUGAACUCCAGCUCCAGUACUUCUACUUCUUUCAGUUUCUUGUCAGAAACUCGACCUCAGUUGAACCUAAACCUCUUUCAUAAUCCUCACCUAGAAAGCAAUGUUGAGUGUUUCAAUCAAUCAUUGAAGUCAAAGGAUUUUACUUCAGUAUCUUCUGGCAUGGACUUCCAUCCACUGCUACAAAGAACUGAUGAGAUAUAUACUGAUUCCGCAUCUGCCUGCUCAACUGCACACCUCUGUUGGUUUGGAAGGAAAAUCUGCUCCACUUCAAAAUACUCCUGAUGCUGUACAGACCGACUCACUAGUAAGUUGUGGACUGGCCUCUGGUCCUAAUCCUCAAAGCCCUACCGAGAAAGCUAGUGAACUGGACUUGGAGAUCCACCUAAGUUAUACGUCGAGAAAGGAGCAAGGUCAUAUGACAUCCAGAAGGGAGAAAGCUGUGGAAAGCAGUGAUGUGACAGCACAUAAUCCAACAAUGUCGGUAAUUUCAGCAGCCACAACUAGAACCCAAAAUGCCGACUGCCCACAUUAUGAGCAAGGUGAUAAUUGUUCCACAGUUAGUACCAAUCUUGUUUCAGGUGGCCAUGGAUUGGCAAUACCAAGUAAUAGCAUCAGCAGAUACAACAUGGAUGAUAUUGGUGACCAGUCAAAUCCAGAGAUUGUGAUGGAACAGGAAGAGUUGAGUGACUCUGAAGAAGAAACUGAAGAACAUGUAGAGUUCGAGUGUGAGGAGAUGGCUGAUUCUGAAGGAGAGGAUGGAUCAGGCUGUGAACAAAUUGUCGAGAUGCAAGAUAAGGACGGCCAGAAUACCCCUUUGGAAAAUCAAGAGAUAGUUGCUUCUAGCAGUGAUAAAAUAUGUGAACCAAGGGUAUGUUUGCUAGAGUUGGGUUUGUCUAAUCUAGGGAAGGAUGAUACAAGUAAUUCUUCAUGGUUAAGUUUAGAUUCAUGUGCACCAGAUUGUCUUUUGAACACAAACACUAAUCAGGAAGAAAAGACUAUUGGUGAAGGUCCUGCAACCAAAAGUUUGUCUUCGUGUCGUCCUAUCAGAUCUUGCAAGAAGAAGAAACGAAGCACAAAUGAUGUUACUCUGCAGAAACAUGCUAUAGAUAUGGCACGACAGCUUAGCCUUGGUCCUCUUGUUCCCAUAUUGAAAAAAACCUAGGAAGUGUGCAUGCAGAACGAAUACAAGUUUGGAUGUAGCACUGGCUUUUGGAAGCUGCGGCGGUCAUGGUAAAGAUAGUUUUGUUUGAUUACUAAUCUGUAUAUACUAAUGGCGGUUGGUAGUUCUUCCUUGGAUGUUGGGAACCCAAUCACAAGCGAAAGGGGACAGAGUGGAAGUAGAGGGGCCAGCUUAGCCUUGUCUGGUGAACUUUUUUUGACUGGCCAAGAACAGCGGGCUUGAUUUGGUGGAGGUGGGUAUGCAUGCAAAUUUGAAAGAUGGGGGGUAUGCAGGAGAGAGAAUGAAACUUAUAUGGUAUGGUGGAAGGGAAGUGAGAUCUACCGAUUGAUUUGAGCGGCCGUACUAUGUCGUUCGGGAGACAUAGCUCCACACGCUACACACAAGAAUGAAUUGUUAUGCGGUCGGUAAACUAUUUCUGCAGGCAGCAUAUAAAAUCAGAUCACGUAAUUUUGAAUAUGUCGUUCCGUCGUAUUCAGAGGCUUUUAAGUUGUGUAAUGAAAUGGUUGAAAUGGGCUUGAUUCCUAAUACUAUUGGAGAUAUGGAGGGAGCGUCUUUGCUAUUGUCUGACAUGUUUGAUAGGCAUAUAUCCCUUAUCAAUUCUCCUACUCCAUCCCCAUAAAGGGGUUUUGCAGAAAUGGAUGUGAGUGAUCAUUGAUGCCCAUAAACUAACCAGAUUACGGAAAAGAACCUCAAUGCAGCUUUCUCACAUUAUUCAUAUCAAUUACAUGUGUAGAAACAAAAAUCUAGCCGGAGCCAAGCAACUACUGGGCUGUAUGUUUGUUCAUGGUUUAAUCCAUGACCUUGUUUACAUACAGUUUAAUUGAUGGGUUCUGCUUGGAAGGGAAUGUAGAGCGUACAGUUCAAGUUUAUGACAAAAUGACAGGUGGAAGAAAUCGCAACUUGGUUAUACACAACACUCUUAUAUUGAGUGUUGCUAAAAUAUUAAGUGGAGGUUUUACAAAGGGCGGGCUUACUUGAUGCCAUACUGUAUAGUACUUUGAUAAAUGGCUCCUCGGUGCGAAGGCUGAUGAGGCAUUUUGAUGCUUUCAGAAAGAAGAAAGGUGGGGGGAUUGAGAGAAGACAGUCACUUGCAACAUAUUUAAUCAACUUCUUUUGCAAGUUUGGGUGUUUCCAACAUGCAAAAGAUGUAAUGAAGAUGAUUGUCGUUCGUGGCAUUGUUGCCAAUUCCAUAACAUGCACAACUUACCCAUUCCAGAACGAAUUGCGGUCUGGAGGAGGCGAUCGAGUUGCAUGAUGAGAUGGUUGAUUGGCAAA